AUCUCAACUUACAUCAAUGUAUCUCAAGUCGUCACAACCCGCUAACUUCAAUAUACAUGUAUCUACUCAAUUAACAUAAUGGCAAGCGCAAUUGGGAGAAUAAGAGCUUCUCAGCUCAUCCGUCAAAUUAGGCACUUUAGCUCCAGCUCGGCUCGACAUGCAGCUGAGGUGAAGAGCUUAGGCGUCAUAGGCGCGGGUCAAAUGGGCCUAGGUAUCGCUUUGGUCGCCGCUCAGAGAGCUGGUAUUCCUGUUACACUUGUAGACUCUUCAAAAGCCUCACUUGACAAGGGAAUUGGGUUUGCAGAGAAGUUAUUGUCUAAAGAUGUUUCUAAGUCGCGGAUCACACAAGAGCAAGCGGAUGAGGCAAGGUCUCGGCUCUUACCUACCACAGCUAUCGAAGAGCUCUCGAAGGUUGAUUUUGUAAUUGAGGCCGUGCCGGAGAUUCCGCAGCUGAAAUUUGACAUAUUCGCCAAACUUGCUGAAAUAUGUCCGAAGCACGCUAUCCUAGCAACCAACACAUCGUCCAUCUCCAUCACGAAGAUCGCCGCAGCGACUACUAAGGACCCCACCGACACAUCGGCAAGUUCUCGCGUAGUAUCGACUCACUUCAUGAACCCCGUACCCAUCCAGAAGGGUGUCGAGAUCAUUAGCGGGUUACAGACAAGCGCCGAGACCCUCGAGACUGCUGUUGCCUUCUGUAAGGCCAUGGGGAAGAUUCCCUCCGUAUCUGCGGAUUCCCCGGGGUUCUUGGCGAACCGGAUCCUAAUGCCGUAUAUCAACGAAGCGGUGAUAUGCCUGGAAACUGGCGUUGGCGACCGAGAUGCUAUCGAUGCCAUCAUGAAGAACGGCACGAACGUACCGAUGGGGCCGCUCCAGCUAGCCGACUUUAUUGGACUUGACACAUGCUUAGCUAUCAUGAAAGUCCUUCACCAGGAGACAGGAGACUCAAAAUACCGACCGAGUGUGCUUCUUGCUAAGAUGGUAGAUGCUGGCUGGCUGGGGAAGAAGAGCGGUAAGGGGUUUUAUGACUAUUAAAUGAGUAGGAUUUAAAGGUCAUGGCAUUAUAUAUUUAUGUUGGCUCAGCAUAUGGUUACGGGUUUUGUGAUAUCAAUACGUAAGUACAUAUCUACCGGAAGGGGGAUUUUCAUCCACAUAUCACUACAGAAGCGGAUAUCGGAAGGCGAAGAGUCCCGAGAACUAGUUGGCUGAAGUUGAGAUUAUCAUAAGAAAAUAUACCAAUGGAAGAGGUUAUUUACCUAAGUACCUAUUCAUAGACAUCAAAAAGUAUGCCCAGCUGCGUCGAUGUUGAAAGGCGUGUAUCGCUAUUCGUUACCGGAA